AUGUUCCGCGGUGGUCGUGGCGGCAUGUUCCAGCCGACCAUUCUGCCCGGCUCGCCCGGCAUGGGAAUGCCCCCGCCUGGCUUCGGCGGUGGCAAGCACAUCAUGGCCAAGGUGAAGGUUCCUGGUGGUGGUCCCAAGUCCGCUUCGAUGCGAGUCGGCAAGGGAGUGAAGGUGAAGGCGGGCGGCCUCCCAUCGCCGGGCUCCCAGCCGAGCGCUAUCUCCCCUCAGCCGAGCAUCAGCCCUGGCUCUGGCGGCAGUCCCGCCUCCCCUGGAGCUCCCUCCCCCAUGGAAGGCACCAAAGUGACGGCCGCUCCACAUCCACCUCCGGCGGCGCCCAAGGCCAAUGGACUGCCUCCGCCACCGGCGCACAAAGUGCCGCCCAGUGGACCGCCCGCUCCGCCGGCCUCUCAUUAG